CGCCACCUCUUUGUAUAGUGCAUAUCAUAUACAAAACAAAAAAAAAAAAAAAAGCCCCAAUUUUUUUUUCUUUCGCUCCGUAAGAAUAACCUAAUAAUCGACUUUUUUCGUUCUCAAUUCUCACCUCCAAGUUUACCUUACUGUUCUUUGUUUGAGUCUUGGGAGAGGGUUUCUGAAUGGCUUCAAAGCGAAUUAACAAGGAGUUGAAGGAUCUGCAGAAGGAUCCCCCUGCUUCAUGCAGUGCCGGCCCUGUCGCUGAUGAUAUGUUUCACUGGCAAGCAACAAUCAUGGGCCCAACAGACAGUCCUUUUGCUGGAGGGGUCUUUCUUGUUGCCAUUCACUUCCCCCCAGACUAUCCUUUCAAGCCACCCAAGGUUUCUUUUCGAACAAAGGUUUUCCAUCCUAACAUUAACAGCAAUGGAAGCAUCUGUCUUGACAUUCUCAAGGAGCAGUGGAGUCCUGCCCUCACCAUAUCCAAGGUGCUUUUGUCAAUAUGCUCACUGCUUACAGAUCCAAACCCUGAUGACCCUCUGGUGCCUGAGAUUGCUCACAUGUACAAGACUGAUAGAGCCAAAUAUGAGAGUACUGCUCGCUCAUGGACCCAGAAAUACGCAACGAAUUAAGGGUCUGCCAAGAGGUCAUGGUUGAUCCUUUAUUAGUAAAUAAUAGAAAUAACCUUGGCUGGAUAUUACAACGUAUUUGAUAAGUUUUUUGUUGUUUUUUAAAAAAAAAAACAAAACUGAAUGUGUCUCCUAAUAGCUGUUUAUAUAUAUAAACUAGGAAUACGCUAGUUGAUUUUAAAAUAAUUAUGAAUCUGUUUUAUAUUUAAAAUAA